AAAGGGCAGGGGCACGCGCAGGGUUUUUUCACACUUUUGUAAACAACAUGGCGAUUCAGUGACUGGCCCCGCUAGCCACUGAUUAAACACUGUGCUGUCAAAUUGCAGCUGUUUUGCGUUAUAAAUGUAAACGUUAGACCUUGCGGAAGUUACGCGUCGGGCACAUUGUUAAAUUCGCACCGAAACGACAAAGAGCUGCACCGACGAGCUGUCAAGAAGAGCGUUUGACAGUCAAACGGCCCCUUUCAGUCUAUGGGCUCUCAGUCCAGUUCUGGGAUGUCUGGUGGAAGGGGCUCUUCCAGUGGCAACCCAGCUGAUCAACCUGAAGGAGCAGAAUCAAACCAGAGCAGCAGCAGCAGCAGCAGCCGAGGCCGCAGGACGGCUGACAGGCAGCACGGAGACAGACAGCCAGCAUCAGAGGAGGACGUUGACUUAGCUGAAGUGCUGGCUUACCUACUAAGGAGGGGCCAGGUCCGACUGGUCCAUGGCAGUGGAGCCACAGGGCUGCAGCUGGUCCAGUCCUACUCUGACUCUGAUGAGGACAGCGACGGCGCCUGGGAGGGGCGGCUGGGGAACCGCUACAAUCCACCAGUGGACGCCCAACCCGACACACAUGAAGUGGACCAAAGUGAGAUCCGAACUCAGAUCAUGCUGGCCACCGGCUCCUCUACCCUGAAAGGCCGACACAGUUUCACCCACAUGCUAACAGAGAGGGAACAAGGCAGAUGUAGAGGCUCUAGUUUUUCACAUGGAGAGUGCAGUCGUAUCCGCACACAUUUUCUGCCAAACUAUGUAUCCCACAAGGAUACAUACCAGCAGAAAGCCUUCUGUGGCGUGUACAGCGAGAAUGGCAACAUGUUCCUCUCUGCCUGCCAAGACCAGAACGUCCGCUUGUACGACACCACCAGGGGGCGCUUUCACCUACGGCGAACAGUGAAGGCUCGGGAUGUGGGCUGGAGUGUUCUGGACGUCUGCUUCACCCCUGACGCACAAAAUGUACUCUACUCCAGCUGGUCUGACUACAUUCAUAUGUGCAGUAUAGAUGGAGACAGUGAAAACCACACCGCCCUGGACCUCAAUCCAGAUGAGAGGAGGUUCUGUGUGUUCUCAUUGGCUGCGUCCACAGAUGGCAACGAGAUCCUGGGAGGAGCAAACGAUGGCUGCCUUUACGUUUUUGAUCUCGAGCAGAAUAAACGAACGCUGAAGAUCGAUGCCCACGAGGAUGAUGUGAACGCGGUGGCGUUCGCCGACAGCUCGUCCCAGCUGCUCUUCUCCGGCAGCGACGACGCGCUGUGCAAGGUGUGGGACAGACGGACGCUGCGGGAGGACAGACCGCAGCCUGUCGGACAGCUGGCCGGCCACCGAGACGGCAUCACCUUCAUCCACAGCAAGGGUGACGCACGCUAUCUGAUCAGCAACUCCAAGGACCAGUCCAUCAAGCUCUGGGACGUCCGAAAGUUCUCGCCCAAAGAGGGGUUGGCAGCGUCCCGCCUCGCUGUCACCCAACAGAACUGGGAUUACCGCUGGCAGCAGGUUCCCCAGAGAGCCCUGAAGAGACACAAGCUGACGGGCGACACCUCGGUGAUGACCUACCGCGGCCACGGCGUUCUGCACACACUCGUCCGCUGCCGUUUCUCUCCAGAGUUCAGCACUGGACAGAGGUUCAUCUACUCCGGCUGCUCCACCGGCAAAAUCAUCAUUUAUGACGUCCUGACGGGCAGCGUGGUCUCCAGACUGUCGGGCCAUGACGCGUGUGUGAGGGACGUCAGCUGGCACCCGUACGAGGACAACAUCGUCAGCAGCUCCUGGGACGGAGCGGUGCGAAUGUGGGAGCACAGACAGACCCAUCCGCUAGAGGAGGAGAGAGAGAGCGGGAGAGAGAGCAGGGCCGGCCCCAACACAGGAAGGCAAUACGCUCAGAAGGACUGGGAAGAGACUUAAAUAUCUUUUAAAUUCAAUGCUGGAUAUUAAUGAUUACAGUUAUAGCGUGGUUGUGAAGGGUUCAUUUGGAAGGCAUUAUAGCCUUACGUUGUCAGGUGCAGUGGGACAGCCUACUUUUUCUUUUGCCUCACUGUCGACAGGCCAAAGCUUUUGAAUUUGGCCUGAAACACUUCACGCAACUUGUGCUGUAGCUCGAAGCGCUAAGCACGGCACUUACUUAAUGAGCUAUUGAAAUUUAUUGGUAAGUUAGUUAUUUAGAAAUCAAUAUUGGAUAUUGCAGGGAGAAACUGACAAUGAUGGUUCUGUAUAAAUGUAUAGUAUUUGAAUGGUUUGUGCAUUCAGGGAGUGUAUUUAGAUAGUUGUCAGUGUUCCGAUUUGGACUUUCGCCCUUGCUGUUAUGAAUAACAUGAGCUGUGUCCUAUUUGAGGGGCCGUCACGUUCAAAGUCCACAUUUAAAGAAUAAAUAUAUUAUAAUAUUCCUGUACAUUAAUUACCAAUUGCCCUAAAUCAUGACUCCUAAACCUGCAACAUGUGUCCACCACUUGGUCAGCUGUUCAAGGGCAACUUUAUGGCGGUCAACUUCCUAUGUCGGGAAAAAUUCCAAAAGCAUACCAAAACAGCCAAAAAAACCCGCCCCCAAACACGCUGUUAGUUUUACUGUCAAACUCACAGUGAUUUUAUGUGAAAACGUCUUUAGAUCGCCUCACGACGGCCCCUGUAUUCAGACACAGCAUUAGUCUGAGGUCUUCUUAUUGAUCCUGGGUCAACACAACUCUGUAAACACAAGCCCUGAGUCAAUUUAAAAAAAAAAAAAAAAAAAAAAAAGAGUAAUUGUGUUGGCCAAUAUAAACCUGUGAUCUGUUUAUAAGAUUUGAAUGUGUGUGAUAAUAUGUUGAGGUCAAGACUUGGUGAUGGGACAGGGGAUGUGUGCGUGGAUCAAAACGUGCACACUGAUCUGUAUAUGCAAUUUUCAGGUGUUUAUACAGUAUCCAAGCCCAUAUUUCACUCAGACCGUUGUUUUACAGUAACAAUUAAACCUUUCAAUGUAUCGCAACGAA